AUGGAUACCAAUUCGAAACAGCCUUACAGCAUUUUCCCUCCUGAUAUUUGGGAAGUCAUUGUUCCUAAUCUCAAUCGCAAGGACACAUAUACACUAGCAAGCACAAGCAAAUCAAUGUGGGAGCACAUUCGUCACAUUCCACUUGAUAGUACUUGGGACGUAGAGACCACCCAGCUCGUCAACGCUUCCUUUAUGCUGGCAAAUACAAGACAUGUUCAUGUGUUGAUCAAUGACACCUUUGAGUACUACAGUAAUCUACGUCAAUAUCUUGGUAGAUUCUAUCAACUUGAAAGUGUAGCUUUCUCUUGUGAAAAGAUCACAUUGAGAGCCGGCAUCGCUAAACGACUUUUACAGUGUUUACCUAUGAAAAGACAGUAUCAUAAAUUAGUAGUGUAUGUGCAACAAGGCGACCGUAGCUACUUUAAAGAGGCCAUCUCUCAUUCAUGCAAGAAUAGAGUCAAUCUAAGAAGCAUAGAUGAAGACGAAGAUAACGAAGAAGUAGAAGAAGAAGCUAGACGAAGAAUGAGGACCCCCUCUCCGGUAAGAGAAGAUGUUGCUGAACUUAGGGGCAAGAUACAAGACAUUAAGAGCACGUUUGGUGCAAUUGGUACUCAUUCAAAAAGUAUCAUUCCCACUGCUCUCAAAAAUAUCUUGCAAAAACAUGAAUUUGCCGAUGCUGAGGAAAUACUGAACAUCGCUGAGACACCCAAAUCAAAAGCAGAGGCAGAUGCGUUCGUGGCGCUCGUCGGCGGUCGUUUCGUAGAAAGCAUCGCUAUGUCUAGUAAUGGCUCGUGGGCAUUCAUCACACAGGUCGAAGCCUACCUGAGAGGCAGAAAAGAAAUAGAUGAUUGCGCAAACAACACGAUCACGAUUGAACACCCCUCAAAACCCAAGUUCGUAGUAGAACACAAGAGGGAGUAUCAGAAUCAAUGGCUCGAAGCCAAAAUCUACUUCAAAAACUUUGAGUUUUUGGUUACUGCUUGCCUUUGUGGUAACUAUAACGAUCAUGAUUUUGAUGCUUUUCUCGGUGCCUCUCUUGGCAAUCGUUUAGCUCUCAAUGAUUAUUGGAGAGUUUGCGUUCCUCUCGCCUCCACACCAGUAGUCAGACAAUCCCGAUUGCUAAGAAAUUUCACAAAGAGAGCAAGUGGAUUCGAUUGGCAUUUGAAAUCGCAAAGAUUCUACGACAACGGUUUCAGCACCGCAUGUGCUUUAAGCUUGCAUGCAUUAGAUGGAAUUGACAGCAUUGUAGCCAUUGGGUCGCUAUUGUUGAAUUGGAAAGUAUCGAAUCAAGAGGACAAGCAAAAGUUAAAAUCUAUACUUUUCAAUGGAAAGGAGUUGAGUAAUAUGGAUGAAAAUGCCAUAUCUGGCAGUGUUGAAAGAGUAAGGGGGUCGACAUUAGCCAAAGGAAAGAAGUUGGCAGUUGAGAUAGCGCUGUUGAUAUUGAAAAAUGAAGUAAUCAAGGACACGGAUUAUGUCGAGAUGUUUAAAGCGUUAAUAAGCUCAAGACUCAAGACGCUGAAUAGCCAGGCUAUUCGACAAAAAAGGUACUUGCUCCCGUAA